AUGCUCGAUGUGUUGAUAAUCGGGAGUGGGCCUCACGCCUUGACCCUGGCAAGCCUCCUAUCCAGCUCAGACUCAGAUCUUGGGCAAGAAAUAAAUCCUACCACAUCUUGCAAGGAACCUCCAAAAUUGGAACUAAACAUGGAAACCCAUCACAGACAACACAAAACAAAGAGAAAAGUAACACAUGGAGGCCCAACACCGGAGGGGCAUAUAGCAAAGUCCACGCUAACAGACGGUGCCAUCAAGUCGCCAAUCAGUUUCCAGGUAGUUGACACCUAUGGAGAGUGGACAUCAUUGUGGAGAAGUCAGUUCAUAGCACUCAACAUCCCUCACCUGCGCUCACACACACUGGUGCACACAGACCCCGUCAACAAGAAAGCAUUGCAGGAGUUUGUUUUGAAGCACAAUCGUUCAGCCGAACUUCAUCGUCUUCCAGACCAGAUGUUCAUUCUGGAUGAGAACGCUUUUUUCAAUGACAUGCGACUUGGCAAGAAGGAUAGAAAACGACUGAACAUCAAAUCAACACUCAAGAAGAGUGUGUGCUUUAGUCUGCCAGGAGCAAAACUAAGUGCGGAUUUCUUUAAAGAUCAGGUGGCGAGAUACAACUUGGACAAGGUGCUUGUAAAGGGAAAUGUUACACACAUCACUCCUGUGACUGAAGACAUGGAAACGACUGCAGAACAUAGGACAGACGACAGUGACGGUUUCAGAGUUUUUGCCAAAAAAGGAAGCGGAACGAGAAGGGUGAAGCAUUUCGAAGUCCAAAUUCAAGAUGGCGUCAUGCUAAAAGCUCAACGGGUUGUCAUGGCAACAGGCCCUACUCGGGCCCAGAUGGCAAACAUUCCAUUGUGGGUUACAAAUAUGGAGGAGAAUUAUCCAGAGGGGCGACUGCAACACACUGUGCACCUGAUGCACUAUUUGUCAACUCAGCAAGACACGGAUUAUGAGGGAGAAGGCUCGUGUAUCGUGUGUGAGGCAGGCCAGAGAGUAAUGGUAGUCGGUGGAGGUCUAACCAGUGCUCAUGUGGUCUCAAUUGCACUACAGCAGGGCGCCAGUCAUGUGACAUGGGUCAUGAGGAAACACCUCCAGUUAAAGCAGUUUGAUGUGGGUGAUGUGGAGGGCCUGGUGGGUCGGUAUUCCCACGUGGAGCACGGCAUCAAAAUGGAUGGCCAGGCCCACCUGAGACAGUUCUACAAUGAAAGGAGCGUUCACAAACGGCUGGCUAUGAUUCGACAGGCAAGGAAAGGAGGGGCCGUCACCCCAGAAGCCUACAUCCACCUAAAGCCUUUUAUUUUGAAAGGGCAGGUGGUUGUGAAGUCAUACAGUCAGGUGAAUGAAGCCAGCUGGUGCUAUAAGAAGCAGGCCUGGAGCUUGUCCCUCAGCAAUGGAGAACACUGGACAGGAGAUAUGAUUUGGUUGGCCACUGGAUGUAAACUUGAUGUGCAACAAGACCCUUUGCUUUCUGAAGUGAUGAAAAAAUUCCCUAUCCAGGUGCUGGAUGGCUGGCCUUGUAUUUCCGAGAGUUUACAGUGGGCAGACGGGUGCCCACUCUACCUGAUGGGGCAGUACACUGCUCUUCAAAUCGGACCUCAUGCAGUAAACCUGGCAGGUGGACAGGCAGCUAGUAUGAGAAUAGCCAAGGACAUCCAGCGUCAUCACAACAAAAACACCAUAGACGCAACUGAACCGAGUGCAGGGAGAUGCACAACUGAAGAAUAUAUUCAACAAAUGCAAGGUCUUUUAUGGCUCUAA